CUCUUUCUCUCACCGCUUAUCCACCUCUCUGACCCCUCCACUCCCCGUUCACUCGGUGCAUGUCGCAUAGCCGUAGCCGAAGAGGUUGUAGAAGUAGAAGUAGCACCAGAGGUGGCUCCAGAGCCAGAACCAGAGCCAGAGGUAGCUCCAGAACCAGAACCAGUGCAAGAGGUAGCCCCAGAACCAGAGCCAGAGCCUCAGCCAGUGGAAGAAGUGCAGGAAGAGACCUAUGAAGAGGAAGAGGAGAAGCCAAAAUUCAAACCUUCAGCACCUAGGAUUCCUGAAGGGGAUAAAGUAGACUUUGAUGACAUCCAAAAGAAGAGGCAGAACAAAGAUCUUAUUGAACUUCAGGCCCUGAUUGAUGCUCACUUUGAGCACAGAAAAAAGGAGGAGGAGGAGCUCAUUGCCCUCAAGGAAAGAAUUGAGAAGCGUAGGGCAGAGAGGACCGAGCAGCAGAGGAUCCGGGCCGAGAAGGACAAGGAACGCCAGGCCAGACGUGAGGAGGAGAGGCUGAAGAGAGAGGAAGCAGACAUCAGGAAGAAAGCUGAUGAAGACGCUAAGAAGAAAUCCGCUCUGGCCAACAUGGGCUCCCAGUACAGCAGCUACCUGCAGAAGGCUGACCAGAAAAGGGGAGGGAAGAAGCAGACUGAGAGAGAGAAGAAGAAGAAGAUCCUGGCUGACAGACGCAAGGCUCUCAACAUCGACCAUCUGAAUGAAGACAAGCUGAGGGAGAAGGCGAAGGAACUGUGGGACUGGAUGCAUACCCUGGAGUCUGAGAAGUUCGAUCAUAUCGAGAAGCUGAAGAAGCAAAAGUAUGAGGUCACCACUCUCAGAAACCGCAUUGAUGAGCUUCAGAAGCACAGCAAGAAGGGAGCCGCAGCUCGUCGCAGAAAGUAGAGCGUCUCGGCGGCGCACAGGGGCUCCGGCAUUUCCUCACACCAAGGCUUGAGCUCGGACUGCUGCCGUAGAGGGAACUACUGCACCUUCGAACGCCACAACUAAAAGGCUGACCAAGACCCGACUGACACUCCAUGCUUCACAGCUGCGCGUGGUGUGUGAAGUCCAGAAAACAGUUAUUUUAUGUAGCCUAGAUAAUAUCACCAUCCUGGGCUGUUUGCCUUUCAAUAGUUUUGUAAAUAAAGCGUGAUUCUUCUGCCUUCAAUUUUUGUAGAUCUUGUUAUUGUUGGCAGCUCAAUAAAAUAACUUUUCUCACAUUCA